GUGCAGAUGGGGCAGAGCGGUGCCGGUGUCCGGACUGUUACACCGGAACAACACAGUUGCUCUACAGAUGUCUGGACAUUUCACAUCCGGGCUUUUAUCUGAGCACAGACUCUUUAUUUUACUGCGUGUUGUAUUAUAAGUGCGUGGACGGUUCCGUGGAUCUGUGUAUGAGCGCUAGCGUGUUAGCUCUCCAGCACGUUAGCUUUAAAUGCGCGGUUAGAGCAGAGCAGUCACACCCAGUCCUUCAGCAUGCAGCGCCGCUAAACACCGGCUACCGGAGCGGGACUUUAUUCCCAACACAACCUUAUUACUGAGGAGAGGCUGUUAUUGUAUUACGAGUGUCAGAAAAAGUUUUUAGUUUCUCCAGAAGAAGCGAUGAAAGCCCGGGGUCAGGACACAGUGCAGGGAGACAGAUAACACGAGCUAGUGUUCUAGCUAGCGCGCUAAGUGUCCGGUGUGUGUGUCAGAGUGUAAAGGCCGGUCAGGACACCGUUAGUCUCAGUAAGUGUGUGUGUUCUAGCAGGCAGUUAUGAGCAACCCUACACUUAUGUACACUUUUGUUUUGAGAGAUGACAACAGCAGCGUUUAUGCUGAAGUCUCCAAAAUCCUCAUCGCCACUGGAAAAUGGAAACGACUGAAGAAGGACAAUCCGAGAUUUAACUUGAUGCUUGGAGAGAGGAACCGCCUUCCCUUUGGGCGCCUAGGCCAUGAACCAGGACUGAUGCAACUCGUCAACUAUUACAGAGGAGCAGACAAGCUGUGUCGCAAAGCAUCUUUGGUUAAAUUAAUAAAGACUAGUUCAGAGCUGAAAGACUCCUGCCACUGGUUCCCUGAGUCCUACAUCAUUUAUCCAACUAACCUCAACACUCCAGUGGCUCCUGCCACCAAUGGCAUCAGCCACUUGAAGAACAACCCAAAGACGGAUGAGCGCGAGGUCUUUCUUGCCUCACAUAACACUAAAAGAGACAAUGGCGAGGGAACGGUGUGGAUUGCUAAAUCUUCUGCUGGAGCCAAAGGGGCUGGAAUCUUGAUAUCUCAGGAUGCAAACCAGUUGCUUGAGUUCAUUGAUAAUCAAGGACAAGUUCAUGUCAUUCAGAAGUAUCUGGAACAACCACUGCUGUUGGAACCCGGCCAUCGCAAAUUUGAUAUAAGGAGCUGGGUGCUUGUAGACCAUCAGUACAACAUUUACUUGUACCGUGAGGGCGUGCUGAGGACGUCCUCAGAGCCGUACAACAGCUCAGACCUUCAGGACAUGACCAGCCAUCUGACCAACCACUGCGUCCAGAAGGAGCACUCGCAGAACUACGGCCGCUACGAGGAGGGCAAUGAGAUGUUUUUCGACGAGUUCAGACACUACUUGCUGAACGUUCACAACGUUUCAAUGGAGACGUCCAUCUUACCUCAGAUCAAGCAGAUAAUAAGGAGCUGCCUCAUGUGCAUUGAACCAGCGAUCAGCACUAAGCACCUGCCCUACCAGAGCUUCCAGCUCUUUGGUUUUGACUUUAUGCUGGACGAUAGCUUUAAAGUGUGGCUGAUUGAGAUCAACGGAGCACCUGCUUGUGCGCAGAAACUCUACCCGGAGCUCUGUCAAGGCAUUGUGGACGUAGCCAUUUCCACCGUCUUCUCACUAAAUGCAGACUUCCUGUCCUCCUCCCCACCAUUCUCCACAUCUCCUUCUCUCACCUCAAACUCUUGCUCUUCACCCAAACUCAAAGCACCACAACACUUUGGCCCAUUCAUUAAACUGUAAGCAUGAUACUGCUUUCCUGAGGAAUCCCUCCCUGCUACUGUUCAUGCAGCUAAAACAGCCCACCUAUAUCCUUUUCUUUUUGUCAUGUAAAAAAAAAAAAGGCGUAAACCAGGAAAGUUUGAGUGGCAUCGACACAUGUUUAACAUGUGUUUCUCCUCAAAAUUCUGGUGUGAUUUGAGCUUUUUGUGAGGUAGAGGUGGGCUGAUACGCCUGACUGGAUGAUUAUAGCAUUUUCAGUUCUCUCCAAUCUCAAGAACAUGCUGGAAGAGAAAAGUCUUAGCAGUUACAAUAAGAUUUCACUGGGCACCUUGAUAUACAGUAGAAGGUUUAUGAGAUAUAAUUCCUACAACUUUAGUGCCUUACAUUUCCAUAGACGCAUUACCCAUAAAACCCAAAGCAGGAUGCAAUGUACACAUUUUGAAAGCUAAGUCCUUAAUCAAUUCUACAUUUUGUACUUAAAGAGAGUUAGAUUUAGCCUUGGGUGAGGUUCUACAGUAUUAUUAAGUAGCUGUACAUCGCAUUAGAAAUGUCAUCACUCCCAGUACAUGCUGUAGUCUUUUGGUACAUUAGUCUCUUUAUAGGUUCCGAAUAAUUUAUUCAUGGUGACAAGGCAUGUCCGCAAAGCGUUGGUGUUUUGUGAGUUUAGUUUCCGUGUUUUUGUGUGCGUGUAUUUGUGUAUAAAGCUGUACAUCUUAGAUAUAUUUUAUCUAUUGUCAAGCAUGAUCAGAGACCGCAUUAAUAAUUCCUGUACAGCCACCCACUGUACAUUCUGUUGUCUGUUUCAGCACCAUACUAGAUUUCUCUAUACAGAAAUUCUGAACUGAAUUCUUUUGGAAAAAACAUAAAACAGUCCACCACAGCGGGCGACUAAUUACCACAGUUUUUGUAUUUUUCAAAAUGUAAACAAUCAUAUAUACUUUAAAAUUCUAUCUACAUUUUAUAUAUAUAUAUAUAUAUAUAUAUGUAUGUAUAUAUAUUAUGUAUGUAUGGCUAUAGACCCCCUCCCCCAUCACUUCUUUGUUGCCUAAAACAGAAUAAUUUGUAUGCAGAUGUGUUGCAUGCUCAACAAAAAAAAAUGCAUGUAAAAUGCUAUAUUUUAUAUGAAAUGCAUAUCUAGGAACAAUUCUACAGUCUUAACAUUUUAAGGCCUGUUCCUAAUUAAAUAUUCAUGGUUGGGUUAAAUGUAUUAAAUCCCCCGGUACACUUUGACAAAACAUUACUUGUGUAUGUUGGAUGCUUCUUGGGUUUUUGUUUACAAUGAAUGGCUGUUCCUGAUUCAGCGGUGUUUUGUGUAAUCCUCACUGAAGCUUAACACAUGGUUUAGUUGUAGCAGGAUGACAGAUGAGAGUCUUUUAUUUCAUGAGAAGGGCUCAAUGAAAUGCCCAUGAUGUGACCCUGGACAUGUGGCAGCAGGAAGCUAAUGAAGGAUCUAUGAAGGUGAAACAAAAUUUUGUGUUUUGUGUAAUAAAAAUCAUUAAAGAAGUAAGCCUCAUAUACAUUACUUCCUACAGUGAUAAGUGUCAGAUCACUACAUUCACAUGUAAAUACUUUACAACAGUAUUCUUUUCAAGUCAUUAGUUUACGUUUAUUUUAUUCCCUUAUUUAGCUGAAAGAGAAAGGGUGCCUUAUUAAAUAAAAUCAUUAGAUGUCUGACAAGACAAUACACUGAAAGUGUUGCUUUAUUGUCAAUUUUAUUAUAUUGAUAUUUAUUUCAAUGUUUACUUUGUGGACUAGACACUUUUCAACACCUUCAUUUUGAUUGUUGAUAUAUAAACAAGUAAGAAAUAAUAAUGACCUUGAUGCCCACCUCAAGCUGGGCUAAAGUAUUUCAACAUUUUAUCAGUUCUAACCAAAGGGUAUUGAGAUGUUUUCAUAUAUUUACUGUUCUGUAAAGAUCUCUAGUAUUUUGUUGAAUGUUCAGGUAUUUUUAAGCCUACAAUGGGAAAAAUCCACCCAUUGUCAUUGUGAUAUUUUAUUAGUAAUUUACAAUAUUUUCAUUAGUCUGAGCUGUGUACAUCUGUCUGCGUUGUAUCCUGUUCCUCUUAGCAAUGAAAAGGUUUUGUUCUUAACGUGAAAUUCACAUUAAAGCUGUAAACUCUAAAGCCACACAAGCCCUGAUUUGUGCUCAGCAUGUAAACUUACCUGUCACUAGAAAAGGUCAUCUGCUCUUCUACUUUCAGCUCUAAAUGUUUCCUACAGUUAGAGUCAAAUGAAGUGUAUGUAUUUAAGUCAAUAGCAACAUCAUACUGUGUUUGAUUUUUCCCAGUUUAUUUUUUUGUGCACGGUGCAUACUGUAAUAUUUGUGCUCAUAUCAAAUAAAAUCAGUUUUGUGUUUUUAA